AUGGACUCACCUUCAGAAUCAACGAAUCUCAAAUCGGAGGAGAGCCCACAACCACCAUCACCAACAUCCUCAGACCCACCUCCAUCAAACGGGUCGUCUACUACAACUGACCCUAAGAGACUGCGUGGUCGCGACGCCAACGUCUACGAUGCCGUUGCUGGCCGUAUCACCUUGAAUAACGCCCUCAGGGACGCCGACGAUCCGAUCAGUCUCAGCUCUCGUCGUCGGCGCACCUCCGCGGGCCGCCACCACUCGGCAAGGAACGCUAAGCUAGCCCCCGAAGAGGCGCUCUUUCGUAGGAAGCAUGCUCCUGCAAGAUAUGCAGAAUACGAUAUCUACUGGGCGAGCGAUGAUCUGCCCAGCCGUGGCGGGGGGCGCGAUGAUAGGCGCCGCCAUCACCCCCUCCCGGACAGCGACUUACUGCGCUCCGUACAUUGGUACGCGAGCCACUUCUACGAGGCCACCGCCCUCCGCCUGGGAGGGAAUCGCGGUGGCCGAAACCGCUGCUUCGUCGGCUCGCGACUUGUUGAUGAGCGAAGCAUGGACGAGACCGCCCUACUGGCAUUUGGCGUGUUGUUGGAGGAAGCCGGGCGUGCGGCGCUAGGGACGAGGGGGGAUACCGUAUUCACGGAGGCGUCGAUGGAGCAUGGAAAUAAGGGACCGGCCGCGGUGGCGGGCAUCGUCGAUCAAGCAACACCGCCUGGUUCACGGCGUGACCGAGAGCCGAAGCGGAGGAAAGUGGCGAAACAGGAGCAGAUUGGGGACUGA